AUGAGCUAUGGCAGCUUCAUCAUGCCCACCCUCUUUGGCAUUAUCUGCCUGUUGGGCAUUAUUGGCAACAGCCUGGUUAUCUGCAAAGUCCUAAAGAAAUCUGGCCCUAGCAGUAGUGUCCCAGAUAUCUUCAUCAUCAGCCUCUCCAUGGUGGACCUGCUCUUCCUCCUGGGCUUGCCCUUCUUCAUCCACCAGCUGCUGGAGAAUGGAGCCUGGCACUUUGGGGAGAUGAUGUGUACAAUCAUCACCGCCCUGGAUGCCAACAGCCAGUUCACCAGCACCUACAUCCUUACUGCUAUGUCCAUUGACCACUACCUGGCCACCAUCUACCCCUUCACCUCCACUCGCUUCAGGAAGCCCCCUGUGACAAUCCUUGUAAUUUGUGUGCUCUGGGCCCUUUCUUUCCUCAGCAUUACACCUGUGUGGAUGUACAGUCAGCUCAUCCCUUUGCCUGGAGGCCUACAAGGCUAUGGGAUUCAUUUGCCAGACCUGCAGAGGGACAUUUACUGGUACACUCUCUACCAGUUCUUCCUGGUCUUUGCCAUCCCUUUUGCCCUCAUCACUGUGGCUUACUGAAGGAUCCUGUUCAAGAUGGUCAAGUCCUCAGAAGCAUUGAUGAGCCAAAGAUGCAGAGGGGCUCAAACCAAGAGACAGACCUGUACGGCAGUUGCUAUUUGUGUGGCCAUCUUUGUUUGCUGGGCACCUUUUCACAUCCUGCAGCUGGCCCAGCUCAGCAUGACUCACCCCACCCUGCCUUUCUACUACACCUACAAUGUGGCUAUCAGCCUGGGUUUGAACCCUUUUACCUAUAUCUUACUGGGCCAAAAUUUCCAGAGGUGGUUUGGGGUGCCUGUAAGGCCAGCAGCUGCAGGGCAGGCUUCCUCUAACAGGAGCAAAAGCAUUCAGGGCAAUGAGAUUGAGUCAGGGCAGCCACUGCCACAUUUGGUGUCUGUCUCUAGCAGGUAG